AUGGCAAGGGCUGUUCACGAGAAAGGGGCAGCCCUUGAUAAUGUAUGGGGAUUUGUUGAUGGCACGGUAAAGUAGUUAAGGUUAUGUUGUGUGAUAUGGCAUUAUAGAGAAGUAAUCAUAAUAAAUUCAGGGGAAAUGUCAUAAAUACUGUGCAGUUUUGCUUUAUAAAUGUAGGUACGGCCAAUUAGUCGACCAAAGUUGCACCAGAAUGUUAUGUACAACGAUCAUAAAAGGGUACAUGCCAUUAAAUGACAGGCUGUAAAUGCUGCAAUAGGACGAAUUGUUCAUCUUUAUGGGCCUGUAGGUAUAAGUAAUGAAAUCAAAUACACAUGACUUUGAUUUACAACAUAAAAUGAAAAUUAUACACAAUUAUACACGAUAUGGGCAAAAAGCAGUAAUAAUAGAAUAUUAAAAUAUUCUUACAAUUUGUAUGUAUUUUUCCAGAAGGCAAACGUCAUGAUGCUGCGAUGGUAAUGAUGUCAGGCUUGUGCCCCCAACUGGAGGUGUAUUCCCAUGAUGGUAAUGGUAACCCUCUAGCCAUAUAUGGUGAUCCGGCGUAUCCUCAUAGGGUUCAUCUGCAGAGCCCAUACAAAGGGGUAAACCUAACUGAUGCCCAGAAACAAUUUAAUCAAUCCAUGAGUGCUGUUAGAGUUUGUGUGGAGUGGCCAUUUGGAGAAGUCGUGAAGUACUUUGCUUUUAAUGAUUUUAAGAAAAAUCUUAAAAUUGGUCUACAAUCAGUUGCAAAGAUUUACGCAGUUUCAUGCUUGAUUUAUAAUGCUAAAGUGUGCCUUCAGGGUUCUAAUACAGCAAUUUAUUAUGGACUGAAUCCCCCAACUAUAGAUGAAUACUUUAGUCAAUCCAUAUAA